AAUCUACAAAUUAAACCCCUAGCCUCAAAAAAUGAAGUCGUUCAGGUUCCUACUUGUUCUCCUAGUUUCAAUUGCCAUGACCAUUACUCUCUUUCCUUCAAUGUCUAGCCAAGAAUCAGUUCUUGGAAGAUUUGAUGCAACAUAUCAAAGAGGAAAGGGCUCUUCUCCUCGUCAUAACAUGUACACAUGUGACAAAUACCCUAGAGUUUGUUCUGCCAAGAGCAGUCCUGGACCAGAUUGCUGCAGAAAAACAUGUGUGAAUGUUAUGACUGAUAGAUUUAAUUGUGGCAGAUGUGGUAAGAAGUGUAGGUAUUCAGAAAUGUGCUGUGAAGGAUGGUGUGUGAAUACAUAUUUCAACAAGAGGCACUGUGGAAAGUGUAACAAUGCAUGCAAGAAAGGAAGCUCCUGUUCUUAUGGAAUGUGCAACUAUGCUUAGAGAGAGCUAAUUAAUUAAUUAAACAACUAGCAGAUUCACUUGCUGCUUAAUUAUGUUGCAAAUUUGCAAUUGGUGGCUAGUUAGGAAAACUUGUGUGUGUAUGGUAAAUAUAUAUUUUAAGUUGUAUUACGUGGUGUAGCCACAUAUAAAUUUAG